GAACAGAGACACUUAAUCCAUUCAGUGUCCUUGGGCCUGACUUUGUUGCUGGAAAGUGCCAUGGACUCUCUUAUUUAGAAACACCAGCGAUUGCUGCUACAGCAGUCCAGAGCAGAGAGCAAAUAUGGAGCUUCAAGAUGGACUCGCGGUGUGUUCUGUAAUACACAGCCUGAAGGAUCAGAGAAGCAGAGCUCUUGUGUUUUUGCACGAUCACGCCUACAGCAGGGAUGGACCGGGCUGAUGCGUUGAGGAUGGAGAGCCUGUAUCCAGAACUUGUUUCACUGACCGCUGAGCCAGAACUCCUGGGGCAGGGGGGGGCAGGGCCCGGGCCCCUCUCCCUACUGUCUGUGCUGAAGGAGGAGGAGGAGGAGGAGGAUGGAGGGGGCUUCGCUCUGCCAGAGCACAGCCUGCUCCACCCCCACAACACCUGUAUAUCGGAAAUGGACUGGAUGGGAGAAGAUAUGGACGUUCACCUCCUGGACAUCCUCAUGGAGGACACUCCAGUGAUCUCUCCGGCUCUGUUGCGUGCGGUGGAGAGAACCUCGAAACUCCUCCCUGCCCCCCGGGGCCUCCUCAAAACAGAAGCCGAGGCGGCAUGUCUGGGCUUGUCCUCCACGACCGAUCAGGUGGCUCCCUACACCCCGCCUCUACCCCCUUGUGUGCCCGCAGUGACAGCAGGCAGCACCCCUGUGACUAAUUAUCCCAAUAACACUGCAGAACUAACAGGUAGCCAGCUGCCUGAUACAGUGGAAGUCAAGGAGAUACGUUGCAGUUCAUUAUUUCUGAUUGACGGUUUGCUGGUGCCUGUAAGAGACCAGUGUGUUCUAGCACUAGAACCUUCCUCCCACUCCCCUGAGACGGGAGAGAGCUUGUUGAGGCUUCAAAAGGUCGCCCGCUCUUCCCUGGGCAGAAAGUUUAAGAAGAAGGAACAGAAUAAAAAUGCAGCGACGAGGUACAGGCAGAAGAAGAGAGCCGAGAGAGGCUUGAUGGAAAGUGAGUGUUGUGAGCUGGAGAGCAGGAAUCGGGAGCUGAGAGAGAAGACGGACUCCAUAGAAAGCGAGAUCCAGUGUCUGAAAGAGUUGUUGGAGGAGAUUCAGAAAACAAGGACUAGCCGGGAGAGCGUGGGGGCGCCUGCUCCUGCAAACCAGACUGGGCAUCAGAAAGCGAAUGAUUGAAAGGCUUUUUCUUAGGCUGCAAAAAACACUAAUUAGUGAAACUAUGGCUGCAUUAUGCUUUUUAAUACUGCCUUGAAACCCCUGAUGAUUGUAUUACCGACAGUUGUCAUUGAGCAUAGAGCUUGUCUCUUGUUGUGGCAAAUGCUGUCAUUGGCAUCAGUUCGUUAAAUUAUUCAUUUCAUUGAAAACUAUAAUGUAAUUGUAGGCACUACAGUCCUGUGAUAUUGCAUACUAACACAAGUUUCAAAGACAUGGUUGCCAUAUGGAACUUGGUUUCCCCAUUCCAGAAUGUGACCUUUCAUCUCCUGGUUUCUCUAGUGCAGAGCAGGUGCAGCCAACAAGUUGAAAAGGUUUUGAUACAGAAAGCCUAACCGGCGGUAUAAUUGAGAUUAUAUGCCUGCCAGGAACUAAGGAUAUGUUUUAAAUGUGUGUUAUAGAGUUCCAGUAGGUAUACAGGACUGGUUAAAACAAAGACCUGGAACAUGACUUCUAUUCUUCCAGAGCUGGAAGUUUAAAGAAUGAGACCAGCUGGUAUUCAAAAGCUAGUGAAGUCGCGCUGCUAUAUUAACACAGUAUUCUUGUGUGAGACUUGCAGCGCUAGUUGGAUUUAUGUAUGACGCUAGCGUUUUUUUUUACUCGUUACUACAAAAAGCCUCUACCAUAUGGGGGCCUGAGCCCCUGGUACAAUCUGCUAUUUCUGCAGCCUCUGCAGAGCAGUGCCUAAACUGGAUGUGACCGUGUUACUAAUCCAGCUGCUGACGUCACCAGUGCUGGGUAAGAUUAGCAUGGCCAUGCUGACAUAUCCAGCUCUCGCAGUGUCAGCUUCCUCUCUCAUUGGAAUGAAGCAGAUUUCCUUUCUCAACAACCCUUCUAAUAAACCAAGUUUUCUUAUUAUGGCUUGGGGGUUUGGGGGUGGUCUGUCUCUGUGUCAGCAGUUCCACUAUGGUUAGGUAUGUAUAGAUA